AUGGAGGCUAGAUUCGACGAAUUGUCAGAGAGGGUGCGUCGCACUGAAGAAGGUCAGAUCGAGAUACUGAGGAAAUUGGAUGCGUUGCUAAGUUCCAGACCAGCAGGGCCAACCCAACAUGAAGGGACGGGUUCGUCAGCAGGAAACGGAGGGAACGGAGGAAAUGGUGGGAACAACGUUACUGCGCAAGAAAGAAAAUUAGAGUUACCUGUGUUUUCCGGUGAGGACGUUUUUGGGUGGUUAAACAAAGUAGAGCGGUAUUUUCGAGUUAACGGUUUGACUGAUACAGAAAAACUCUCGGCGGUGCUUUUGGUGAUGGAAGGGGAAGCGUUAAACUGGUUCCAAUGGUGGGAAAUUAAUAAUUCGAACGCUACUUGGGUGAAUUUCAGGACGGACGUUUUGAGUCGAUUUCAACCAGAGCUAGACGAUAACCCCUAUCGUUCUCUGUUUACAUUGAAGCAGGUGGGAAGCGUGGCUGAUUUUAGAGUGACCUUCGAGCAGGUUGUGAGCCGCUUGAAAUUCGAAGAUGAAGAGGUUCUUAGAGGAGCUUGGCUGAAUGGAUUGACUGACAGUAUUAGGGAGGAAUUGCUUAUGCACCCCAUGAACAAACUCUCAGAGAUGAUGAAGAUGGCAACAAAGAUUGAACGGAGGAAUAUCGCUUGGGCUACUGAAGGAAUGGGACGAAUGGGCUUGGGGCAAGGUGUAGGAGCGAAUAAGUGGGCCCAAACUGGAAGAAGUGGAGCGGGCUUUAAUUCGACCCGGCCCAUCAAUACGGGUUCAGGCAAUUUGAACGCUGGAACAAAAUCAAACGUGCUGGAAACUUCAUCUAUUGCUCCUAAAACGAACCCUAGCUCCCAAAAUUCAUCGACGGGAAGUUCUCGUCUGUUGGAGAGCCAAGACAGCAGCGGUAGUCGGAACAAUGGACGGCGGCUACCUCAGGGUCAGUUGCAGGAGCGAUCUCGUUUGGGACUCUGUUUCAAAUGUGAAGAGCGAUGGAACCCUAAUCAUCGAUGUAAGGUGCGUCAGUUACAAGUACUCAUCAUAGAUGACGAUGAAGUUGAGGAAGACAAACAAAUGGUAGCAAGGGAAAGUACGACAGCAGCGGACCAGCAGGAGGUUGGGGAAGCUCUUCAAAUCUCCAUGCAUAGUCUGUUGGGGCUGUCCUCGAGUCGAACCCUGAAGCUAUGGGGCCAAAUCGAGAAGGAACCGGUGGUGACCUUAAUCGAUUGUGGGGCAUCUCAUAACUUUGUUAGCAAAGAUGUAGCAAGCAGACUGCGGCUGCUGGUUGAUGAUACACCUCGAUUUUGGGUGGAGGUUGGCAACGGACAUAGGGUGGCGUGUCACGGGGUGUGCAGAAAAGUACCCAUGGAGUUGCAAGGACAUAACAUAUGCCAAGAUUUUCAUCUGUUCGAUUUAGGAGGCACUGACGUGGUUUUGGGGUUGGAAUGGCUGACGGGAUUGGGUGAAAUCAAGGCUAAUUUCAAGGAGAUGACUCUUAAGUUUGAAAAUGGGGGCAAUGAGGUGCUGCUUCGGGGAGAUCCUUCUUUAUCUAGAGCAGUGGCGUCCUUGAAGACUAUUGUGAAGGCAAUAAACGAUGGGGGAACAGGAUUUCUUAUUGAACAAAGAGAACCUCAAGCGGAAGAGCCAACCGAGUCACGGCAGGAGCUGGAUGAGCUAUUGGAGGAGUUCCAAGAGUUAUUUCGUGAACCAAAAGGCCUACCCCCAAGGAGAGCUCAAGACCAUGCCAUCGUUCUGAAACCAGGUAGUCAGAUUGCUAAUAGUCGUCCCUACAGGUACCCACCAUACCAGAAAACUGAGAUAGAAAAAUUAGUAUCUGAAUUGCUGGAUAAUGGAUGGAUUAGACAUAGUGUGAGCCCAUAUGCUAGUCCUGUAAUUCUUGUUAAAAAAAAAAAUGGUAGUUGGCGUGUGUGUGUUGACUAUAGAGCAUUAAAUAAGCAUAUUGUACCUGAUAAGUUCCCCAUGCCUGUAAUUGAGGAACUUUUAGAUGAAUUGGGUGGGUCUAAGAUUUUUACCAAACUGGACUUGAAGUCUGGUUUUAAUCAAAUUAGUAUGAGAGAAGAAGAUAUUCCUAAAACUGCAUUUAAGACCCAUGAGGGUCAUUAUGAUCAAAGUGAUCAGGAGCACAUAUCACACCUUAGGAAGGUGAUGGAGGCCCUGCGACAGCACCAGUUGGUUCUGAAUAAAAAGAAGUGUUGUUUUGGGCAGCGUCAGGUGGAGUAUUUGGGCCACAUAAUCUCAGGUGCAGGAGUUAUGGCCGAUCCCAAAAAAAUUGAGGCUAUGGAAAAGUGGCCCAGACCUUCGAACAUCAAGGGAUUAAGAGGAGUUUUAGGCCUCACUGGUUAUUAUAGAAAGUUUGUGCAGAAUUACGGGAAGAUUGCAAGCCUCUAA